AGAUACACCCCACCACCUUACUAACUGACCAUUGUCUCUCGUUUUUCCUUUUAUUGUUUAGCAUUAUGAUGCAUUCACUCGCUUAUUUCAGUCUUGCCGCCGUUGUAGCCGCGUCCGUCACGCCUCCGGGUCUGUCGCAUCGGGUUGAGGGGAUCGAGGUCCCGGCCAUCAAGGACAUUAUUCCAGCCGUUACUGUCGUGCAGGAGAAUAGGACGUAUGCUGUUAAGCUGGAAUGUGCAGGAUGUCCGUUUGUCAGCUGGGAGCGACCUCAUGAGGCGGAGUGGCAGCAUCCGCCUCCGGACAACUCCUUGAUGCUCAUGUUUAAACUUGACGAAUCUCAGUCGGCAUUACUUCUCGACGACCACCGCAUCUUUCCGCUCGAUCCGAUGCCCCUUCACAUCGGCGCCAUGCAAGUACCCAAUGACAUGGACAAGGGCGCACUGGAUGAGCAGAUGGGGCGAGGCUUCAGGCCAGAUGCGCCUGGUGGAAUGAGAUUCCCGCUUCAAUACGAACACAGUGUAUUCCGUGCUGAAGGACCUGGCUCCAUGUGGUUGCAGUUCAACGUAACGGGUCUGGCCUUUGGAGAGGACACGGAGCCAUUUCAACUGGGGCAAAAUGUCAUCCAAGUACUCUUGCGCGCAGAAGACGAUGAAGACGACUAUAAACUUUCCAUCGGCGUCGUUCAGGUUGUCCAAGAAAAGAACAUGGCGCAGGCACCCAGGAUGGAAUGUGGUAGGCUGGCCAUGGUCAAGACGACUUUCGACCCCAACCAGUGGGAUGAAUUUGGCAAGUUUGGCACGUGGUCUAGGACCUGGAACCUCGUUAUUGGCCGGCUCGGCGACUACUGGUCAGAUCAUCUCGAAGACAACAUGAUGCUGCUGCCGCUACUUGUAUUGUUAUCGGUUAGCAUUGUCAUGGCCAGUCGGUUUUACCAAUCUAGGCAGCAGGAUGACAGGGACUCGGACGCCGAGACGGCUCUGUUGGGCCACUAUGCCCCUCCUCCGUAUAGGGACAUUCCGGUCAUUAAGAUUGAAGAGUACGAUUAGUGUACAAAGGCUGGAAAGGGCUGAAGGCCUGGAGCGUAAUCAAAUUGGAGCGUUUCCGGAGCGUAGCCCGAAUCUCCGCACGGCAUGGACACAAAUGCGCAAGCGGCAUCUUGGCUGUAUGUACAACAUGGAUAUUACAUUCGUUAUUUCAU